AUGCCAGUGGUGGAGAAACUCGUCUUGCUUCUGUCGCACGGCGGGGCCUCCCUCAAGCAGGGAGGGGACCGCUCUACUCAAGCGAGACAAGAUCUGCCACCGCGUGGCCACCACCGCAACCCCGCGCAGUCCGCUUGCGGAAUGCACUUUUCGGUUGAGACUUUAAAAGAUUCAAAGGGACAUGCGCAAAGUCGUACCACGGAAGGCCGUCAGCCCUGGGGCGUGCCUGCCAGGACAGCGGAGAGACACGGUCGGCCCUCCAGGCCAACCGAGUGUCUCUCGCCCUCCGCUGCAGGCCCCGGCGCGCGAGACCAGCCACCCCACGUUGUCCCUUCGCCAUGGGCCCCGCAGCUGCGCUCCCCAGAGGGACGAGGUGGAAACGCUGUGCCGCGGGACCUCGAGAAAGAGCAAUCGGCAUCUUGUGCGAGUCACACAGGCGAGGCCGACGUGACGUGGAUAGCCUUGAAGAGCCAAACUAACGAGGACAAACGUGAAGACCAGGGUGGGAAAGAUGCAUCACACCCUUCGCCGUCAACGUCGUCCAAAUAUGUGUUCCUUCUCUCGCACGCUUCUGCCGGAAGCCCAAGUGAAGCAUGCAGCAGAGAGAGACGUGAGGGGGCUCUCGUGGGGCAGGGGCCCGGGACUAAGGAGCUGAAGCAAGAAGAGAGGCGCGCUGGAAGACUGGCGUUCGACGCCGCUGCUCCUCCCUUCCUCGCACGUGGCAGAGACUUAGACGUGCGCGUGCAGACCGCGAUUCGGGCCGCGGCGAAACCAGUUCUGGCUGCUUCUGAAGAGGAAGCGAGCGAGGCUGUCCUGGUCGGAGAUUCCCCCUCCUCGUCUGCGCUGCACUCGCCUCCUCUGCUCACCAGUCACGGAACUCCCUCUGCUGCCUCCGGCGCCUCUCAGAGUUCCUCAGCUUCGCUCGCCUUCUGCCCAGAGAAGUGUGAACAGGGGCGGGUGUCGGCGGAGCUGUCUCUGUCGCGCGCAAAUGCUGCAGAGCGGCCCGCGGCCUGCUCUCAGCUUCUGCGUGAAGAGGCCUGUCCCUCGGCGGCUCGGGCCUUGAACGCGGAGGGCGGCAGCCGAGGGCAACGUGAGCCAGGCGCAGCGCUGCGCCCGGACGCUGCGCCUGUCUGGAAAGACGCCGAGCAGCGAUGGGGCAGCUGCGGACCAGGGGGGACGGGAGCGCGGGCCUCAAACGCGCCUCAGACUGUGCCGCAUCGAGAAGGGGAGAGGCGAGAGGAAAUGUGUUUUGACAUCUGGAUUCGAGAACCGGCAAGAGGAGACCUCACAGAUAAGCGAACAGCGAGAUGCGAGAGAAACGAACUUGAAGAGGGGUGGAGAAGCUCCCGGAGGGCGCGUGGCGGGGCAGCUGGGUAUCAGGUGUCGAAGCAAGAACUACGGUACUGCGCCUGCGCGCCGACAGAGGGAGACGUGGAGUAUCGAGCCGGCAGCUUCGGGAGCGGCGCUAGCCUCUUGUCCUCCCUCCAGCAGCGUCAUCUUCUCCGUAGAGGCUUCGAAGGCUUCCGCGCUCCUCGCUCCGCGCCCCAAGCUGCCUCUCAUCCUCGCUUCGGACUGACCCCUCGCGAAAAGGAGACUCCGAGUCCCCUUCCGUCUCGCCGCCGCCCCGCAUCCUCCCGAUUGGGCCACAAGGAUGAAGAUGAUCAGGGCUACAGAGACUCAGACGCGCUGGGGUCUCGUAAAACGGAAGGACAGCCAUCCAGUCCAACUACGCAGACAGGCUUCCUCUUCUCCCCCAACACCAGAGCUGAAGAAUCUGAAGAAGAAAACGCCUUCUUCUCUCCUCUUUCGGUUCCGCGACGCGAGGCGUGCAUGCGGAGACAGGCGUUCAGAGAUGCUGUCUCCGAGGGCGACAAGAGAGAGCGGGAAGACAGGGAGGUGGAAAAGCCUGAAAGGCGAGACGGCGAAAGACAAACACCGGAUGAGACAGGACACUGGUCCCCACCGGAACCGUCUUCCUACCCGUCCUCUUGUCGCUCCGGAGGCUCUCUCACCAAUUGCAGUCACCGCACCGUCCGCGACCCCAGAAGUCGAAGGAACAGCCUUGCUUCAAGUCUGCCUGAUGACGAUGGGGAGUUUUCUGCCGGCGAGCUCCGGCGAGAGGAUAGGAAAAAAGAUGUCGCUAAGGAAGAAGCGGACUGGGGAAAUCAAGACAGUGGUGAGUCUGGAAAGCUGAGGCAAGCUGCAGUGACACGAGAAAUUUCCAGGGACAUUGCAACAGAUGAAGCGACUUCUUCAAAGGCACACGUGAUCACUGCCCCCGUCCUUUCGUCCUGUUUGCGGAACAGCGCCGGAGACGUUUGUCAAGCAAACGCCCAAGAGCCUGCAGACGGAGAAGAAGAGACGCAGACAGAGCGGAGUUGGGAACCUGUCCUUGAAGAGGAACAGGAACCUAUAUCUGUUACCUCGGACAGUGCUGGCCCCCCGCCUGCUGCUUUGUCGGAGGACACGGAAAGGGAGAAGCGAGCCGGUGCGCUGUCCUCUGGACAAACUUCCGAAACGUCUCUUUCUUCAUUUCUACUGUGGCGGGAACAAGGUUCCCUUCGCGGCCUCGACAGAGAAAUCGAGGACUUGUUGGACUCAGUGGAAGUGUUCCUGCUGGCUCUCGAGGGCGACGGCCACGCGCUCUCGCUCCGCCUGCUGGAUCGGCGUGCACGCCAGUGCCAAGCCCGGCCGGAAACCGUAAAGGAAGGAAGCGAAAUGUGGGAACCCAAGGAGGGGAAAUCGUUCCUUUUGCGUCGGCCGGGGGUGGAGACGAAGGGAACCGAGCAGACAGCGCCCAGCUCGUCUUCAGCUUUCUUCCGUCGGGGCGCACCAAGCGCCGAGCCGGCGACGGAGGAGAGAGAAAGCGAAUGGACAAAGGAACAAGAUGCGUCGAGAGCGCGAACGAAAGAAAGGCUCCAGCUCCUCCACGAGCAGUUGCUCGCGUUCACGAAGUGCCACACCGGACGAGGAGAGACAGACGAACGGGAAGGAGAGGAAACCGACGGAGGAGACCGAGCGUCAAGCGAACACGCAGAGGAAGCGAAACGAGAGAGCGUGGAAAGCCCGCUGUCGUCGCGUGCGUCGCUCGGCUCCAGACGGCGCACCGGAGCCUUCGAUAAGUCGCGAGGGCCUACUGCGGAGUCGAAUGUGCACGCUAGCGCACAUCUCGAACCUAGGAUUGUGGAAGGCAAACACGCGGAGACAGAGCAGGCACGACAACAAGCAGGAGACGACCUGCCUCCCGACCUUUUUGGCACGGCGACGCCGCCAGCAGCUUGGGAGAGCCGAGGAGAACGUCGUCCCACUGGACCGUCGCCGAUCGCGGAGGACGAGACCCUGUCGCACUCGCGCACAAGAGAACCCCACGGUCGCCGUAUGCCGGAGGCAGGUUCUUUCCGGUCAGGGGCUCGACACAGCACCUCUCCCCUCACCCGUGACGAAGGCCCACAGAGUCUGGCUGUCUGUUCUCGCAGCGACAAACUGCGUGUCUCCGCAGAAGAGGCGAAGACGCAGCAUGCGGAAGCAGAGUGGGGGCUCACAGCCUCGCUUUUUGGUGAUGCGCCAAGGAGAGAGGGGCGGGGGAAGGAUGCUGCGUUGCUAAAACUGGAAAAGGGCUGCAAAGGAACCGUGGGCUCAGACGUCUCGCUUGAGCUACCUAGUCUGUGUCUCGAGGACGCAGCUGCGAAGGAAGACGGGACGGCCGGGCGACGUGCACCAGGCGGCCCCGCUUCGAAGAGUGGGGAGGAAAGCGGCACCUCUUCUGUUGCCGCUCGCAGGUCGCCAAUCGGAGAGGAAUGGAAGAGGACACCAAAUGGGAGAGACAGACUCACGAGGAAGUCGGCAGAGACAGACCGACUCUCCCCACUCGUCGACGCGUGCACGGAGAACCCACCAUCAGGCCUUUGGAGAGACAGUAACACAGAAGCAAUGACAGUAGUUCGGCCCCAAGAGUCGGGCACCUUCACCCUGUUGGGACCUGGGACUUGUCUUCAAACCGGCGAGACAGAGUGCAUCGCGGAUGAGGUGACUAGCGGAGUUCUUCUCUCUCCGACGCCUGAGCAGACGGUCGGCAGUUCUCCGUCCCAGCUCCUUCCUUCGUCUUUCCCGCAACCUCUCUCCUCUUCCUCGGGCAGCAGUGCGGAUCCUCGUCUCAAGGUCCAUGCCGCUCGCCUCCCUGCUUCGUCUUCCUUGCCUUCUUCUGCUUCUUUGUCUUCUUCAGCCUUUGUUUCGUCUCCUUCCUCGUCUUCGUGUCCUCUCCCGGCCGCGUGCGCCUCCCUCUCUGUCUCUCCGCUUUCUGUGUCUCCUUCGAGGGCCUCGUGUCUUCUCUCCCGCGGUGUGGAAAGCGACGGCCGGCAGAGCGAAGGAAACACCGGCGACGAGGCCUGCGACCGCUGGACUCCCUGCAGCCAGGCACAGGAGCGAAGCUCCGACCCUGUCUUUGGUCCCUACAGCCCAAGCGGGCCCAUCCGGCAGAUUCCAGGCCUUCGCCAUCCUUCAGCCGGUCUCUUCGCGCCUCCUAUGGGUCUUGGAGCCGGUUUGUCGGGACAAGAAGGCGGCGUAGUCCUCUCAGUUCUUUCGAGGCGCGCAAAGUGCGGCGAGUCCCGCCUUCAGUCGGCUGCGCCUAUCAGGACUGCAGGAGAAGAGGAAAAGGCGAGAGAAGACGCAGACGAGGUAGCGGAAGGAAGGAGACAAGGACUAGCGGAGACCGAGGAAGCGACAGGUCUGGCCGCUCAAAACCUACGCGGUCCCGUGUCCCUUGUCGACAGCGGAAAAGCGCCCGUGGAGCCAGAGGGCCUCGACAGAAGGCGAGAGGGUGGGGACGCUUCGACCGUCUACGAGGGAAGCGCCGAAGUGUCGGGAUUUCCGCACACAGACGGUUUCUUCGACGAAGACCCCAGCGACGACAUUUUCUCGCUCGGAGACUCGCCUGCGGCUUCAGGCCGCGAAGAGCUCCACUCGCCUCGCCCUGCGUCCACUCUAGAGGAAGAAGACCAAGUUGUCCAUGCUCUCGCUCCUGCCGAUCCGCCACGACCUCCCUCAAUCCCUCCAGCUUCAGGCCCGCGUUCCAAGACACGUGCACCCCCUCAUUUAGAAAUCCCCCUCGAGGGCGAGCUCCGAGGGCAGGGCGCGGAGGAUCGCCCGCCCCACAAGGCUCCUGCCGACCCCGCUGUCUCGGAGCCUCCCACGCGCCCCCGCGUCGCCCUCAGAACGGAGACAGCGGAGAGGAGACACAUCCUUCGGGCCGAGGCCCGCGGGGUCGCCAGGUCAGUUGAAGGCGACGACGAGGGACCACAGAGGACGGAAACGGAGACAGAAGAAGCCGAACCCGACAAUAAGGCCUACCAGACUCUCAGGGAGCACUGCGCCGCGCCGGAACGGGGCGAGAGGUCGCCGAGAGCAGACCAUCAAGCAUCGAUCGAGGCAGAACCAAAGGCCCAGGCGCAGGACGCCGAAGAGGAGACGGAGUUGCCGAAGAAGCCGGCCGACAGUCCCUUUGCCUGGUGGCACCGUAGCGUCGCAGACAGGCAAAGCCUCGCACGUGAACGCGAGGAAGCGCGAGAACAACCCGAGGAAGGAGCGGCCGGAAGGAGAGCUGUCGGCGCACAAGCGCGGCGCAUGCAAGCGCUGUAUGAGGGAGCGGCAACCGACGAGGCUUCCCGACGCCCGUCGGAGACUGUGGACACAGGGCACGGACGCGACGCGGCGGAGACGGAAAACGACGCACCCGAAUCGGCCUUUCAGCACGGCGUGAAAGAAGCCGGAGCAACCGCCGAGGCGAGCAGUGGGAACGACGGGAGUAUAGCGACGCGAGCAGAAGCGAGCGAAGGCGACACCGGGAAGAAGAGAGUUCCUUCCCCGUCUCCCUCACUCUUUUUGCCGGCAAAUCCGAAGGAAGGAGGACUGAGUGAAGGAGGCCGCGUUGAGGGCGUCUCGAACCUCUGUGCCUCGGUGGGCUCGCCUUCACCGUUCUCUCCUUGUUCCUCGUCCACCUCCGCGAAUAAUCCGUCAGUCGCGUGUGCUGAAACAGACGGAGCGAAUGGGCCGGACAGAUCUGCGGAGACAGAGUUUGUGCUUUCAAACGCAACGCCGGGAAGAUGUUCAGUCUCCUCGACUUCGUGUGCUUUAGCGAACCUCACACCUGACCCUGCGGUGCCUUCUUGUGUCUCUCCCGGAGAAGAUAUUUCGGCCUCAAUUGAACUCUCUGCGAUGCUCAUCGAGGCGUCGCCACGGGCGCCGCCCCGAUCGCUGGGCCCAGGGGUCCCCGCUGUCCUCUCUUCCGGACUUGCUGUCGCGGAUUCGCUUUCCUCAGGUCCACAGGCGUUUGAGAGGGACGCGCCGACGACCUCUGAGCGAGGCGAGAACGAGACUUUCGGCGAUCUCCAGCAAUCGAGCCACCCGUGGAGGAUGCACACGAAGCACCAGCAAGAAACAGGAGAGGGAGGCACGGCAGAGGAGGACGCGCGGCUCUUCUUCUCUCCGGAGAACCUAAGACCUAGCAGUGUGGCGGUGGCGGCACCGACAGAACGCCUGGACGAACACAGUGAGAGAAGACCGAGCGAACCCAAGGUUUCUGCAACUGGGACAGGCGACGCCUUGCAUGCAAGCACACUUGUGAAAGCGGGAGAGGCACACGCACAAGAAGAAAAAGGCCCGGUACCUCGUCCUGGGCACUUACCGUUAUGCUUCAGAACAGACCUGGAAAAACACACCGCUCAUCGGGCAGCUGCGCCUUCUCAAGGGCCUUCAUUUUCCCACUCGGGAGCGAGAGAAGCGGUGCCUGGUCGUCGCCCUGGCGAUCCCCUCCCGGUCGCUGGGGCCGCGGGCCCCACGGCCCUAGGCCUCGGGCCCCGUGGACGGGAGCAGCAGUCAGAAGCUCAGGGGGAUGCUGGGAGGGCGGGGGAGGAGAGGAGAGAAGCGGAGGAACCUAGGAAAGGAAUUGACGCGCGCGAGCACAUGAGAAUAGAAAAGCGUGAGGCGCCAUCCGAUGUACAAACUGGAGAGCCGGCGCAGCACGCCAAGAAGGGAGAAGGAACAGAGAACAGUCUCGCAGUCACCCUUCAGGGGGAGCGACGGCCAGAUCCGUCGCUCUCUCAAGGGGAGAAGCGCCAAGAGGCAAUCCCGAGCUCGCCUCCACUGGCAUCCAAAUCGUCCUCGUUCGGGCCGCGUGUCCUUGCCGCCCCGGCCGCUCCGAGCCUAAACCCUCAGCUCUUUCCUCCUCGCCUUUCUUCGCUUUCCGUCUGUGGGCCUUCUUCGCAUCGCGUCGAAACGGGACGGGCCCAGUCCCCUUCCUCCCCCUCUCGGCCCCAGUCCCUUUCUGCGUCGUCGCCGGCCCCCGCCGCCACCCACGCGACGCUGCUCCGGGCAUUCGCCGGGCGCCGCUCGAUAAGUGGAGAAAACCGACGAGUCGACAGAGCUGAGAACGGGUCCGGGCAAGUCUCGCCUGGGGGGAGAGAAGCAAGGACUCGCGUGACCGCUGCGCAAGCUAGGCAUCCCUCCGGCGGGUUUGGAGAGCACGCAGGACGAGCGUCCUCGCUUCCACCUCAGCUGACUCAAGGAUCAGCGGCCUCGCAUGCUUCUCCAAGUCGCCCUGCGUUUCCGCCAACCACGCAUCCGGCCCCUUCGUCCUCCCUUUCUGCGUCUUCGACGCUUCACAAGGCGAGGCGAAGCCUCUCGCUUGCGGCAUCUCAAGAGCAGCCAGUCGCAGAUUCUCCCUUGGCGCCGCCUGCUUCUCCCGAGGAGACGGGGCCCGACACGGUCAGGUUGGGAGAUCCGCUCUUCGCCUGUGGAGGGUUCGCGAGGGCCCCCGUCCCUCCGCGAGCGCCACUCGGGCGAGAGGCCGGCUCCGGCCGUCACCCCGGGCCAGCAAAUGCGAGCACUGCGGCGGCGCCCGUAGGGCGAAAAAGUGCCGUGGGUGGUGGCUGGCCCUUCCCACACGCGCUGUCUGCGCCCGUGGAGACGGUGGCGACACUGGGACUGAACGGGGACAGAAGGCAGCGCGAAGGAGACGCCGAGACACCGCGCGGGGACGGACACGGGGCACGGGAGUCUGAGGUUCCAGAGGGCCCGAAAGCCCCUCAAGGCCCCAGAGGGAAGGAAGAGACGGGUGACUCAUGCGAACCGCCGGACAUGGAACCGGACGAUGAGAUCCCGCGCCCGGCAACGCACGGAGAACCCGCGGUCGGCGCGUCGUCCAGUGCGUCUGCUGCCUCUGUGGCGAGAGCAGAAACGGAGAAGGCGUGCAGAAGCGGUAGCCUCGGCGCAGCCGUCCGUCGCUUGGGAUCCAAGUGUCGGGUGGGUAGCCUCAAAGGCAAAAGUUCGAAGUCCAGAAAAGACACCGCUCCAGAGGAUGCUGCCUUGGCGUCAGAUCAGAAGCGUUCGGACGCGCUUCCGUCCUUCUUUCUGUCCUCUUCGCGCCUCCUAGGGAAGAAGGGUGGCGCGGCCCAGCCUGCCCCAGACUCCACAGAUCCCGAAUCGCGAGCGUCGAAGCGUGGAGCGGGCGAAGCGCCGGCAGAACAGAAGCCAAACAAGAGUGACGGGCCCAGCUCAGGGGCGAUGAAGGCCAGGGACAAACAAGAGAGAGAACGGACACAGAAGGCACGCAAGACACCGAGACAGUCCGCACCAGACGACCGACCUCAAACCCUCGUUCACCCAGCCGCUCAAGCGCUGCCCCCGCCUAUGACGCCUCGCCUUUCUUUCCAGAGCGCGCGAGGCGCGACCGGCGGCCAGGCGCCUGCGGGCUCCGCGGGGCAAGCUCCGGGGCCGGAGACGGAGUUCCACGCGCUUCCGAUCUCUGCUCAUUCUCGCAGUUUGUUUCGACGCUUCUCUUUUAGCGCGGGCGAGCCGGCGGAGAUCCCUGCUCCUUCACUCUCGACCAGCGGGGCCGCGCACGGACUCGGUUUCUCGGAGGCGUCACACAAGGGCCCUGGCGAAGGCGUCGUAGCGACGAAAGAGAAGAAAUCCUUCAGAGGGAGACGAUUCUCGUUGGGGAGACGACACAGCGUGGAAGGACUGAGCGGGCAAGAGAGUGAAAGGCAGUAG